AUGGACAACCGAAGACACCCCAGCUCUUUCCAGCAGCUCGAGAAGCUCGGAGAGGGUACCUAUGCCACGGUCUUCAAAGGCCGCAACCGCCAGACGGGCGAACUCGUCGCCCUAAAGGAGAUUCACCUCGACUCGGAGGAGGGUACGCCCUCGACGGCCAUUCGUGAAAUCUCCCUCAUGAAGGAGCUGCGCCAUGAGAACAUUGUCCUGCUACACGAUGUCAUACACACCGAGAAUAAGCUCAUGCUCGUCUUUGAAUACAUGGACAGGGAUCUUAAGAGGUACAUGGACUCACGCGGCGACCGAGGUGCUCUCGACCCAGUCACCAUUAAGUCGUUCAUGUACCAGCUGCUCAAGGGAAUCGCCUUUUGCCACGAGGCCCGCGUUCUUCACCGCGAUCUGAAGCCCCAGAACCUGCUCAUCAACAAUCGUGGACAGUUGAAGCUGGCCGAUUUUGGUCUUGCUCGCGCUUUUGGAAUUCCAGUCAAUACCUUCUCCAACGAGGUCGUGACCCUAUGGUACCGCGCUCCCGAUGUCCUGCUCGGCAGUCGCACAUAUAACACUAGCAUCGACAUUUGGUCAGCUGGUUGCAUCAUGGCCGAGAUGUACACGGGCCGACCUCUCUUUCCAGGGACUACCAAUGAAGACCAGGUACAAAAGAUCUUCCGGCUCAUGGGCACGCCGUCUGAGCGCUCGUGGCCGGGGAUUUCACAGCUGCCCGAGUACAAGAACAACUUUCCCGUCUACCACACCCAGGAUCUGCGUCUUAUCCUGCCACAAGUCGACCAGGUUGGACUUAACUUGCUCAACAGCAUGCUUCAGCUCCGACCAGAGAUGCGUAUAUCUGCCGCAAAUGCUCUUCAGCACCCAUGGUUCAACGACUUGCCUGAAUCUUGA